AUGCCUCCGAUAUCCUCUCAGCGUCGAGCCGUGACCGAAGAGAACUCAUCUCUUUCAGAUGAUGAUGUCGGUUUUCUCUACCAGGUUGUCGCCAGCGCCGAGACAAAACCCGAAGCGGAUCGACUCCCAUUCCGGGCGCUCUUCGAGGCAUACGACGAAGUCAUUGGACAACAUGGCGCCAACGCGGAUUCAGGUCAUGCGUGUCUGCGCUUCCUGUUCAAGAUGGGGGGCAAAGACGUACGCGGCGACACCCUCUUCGACAAAUUCGAGAAUGCGCUCCAGCAGGUGGGCAUCGUGAUCGAACUUGGCGAUGAAGGAUCUACAAAUCUCAAUGAGACACAUGAUUACGACCAAAAUACAGUGGAGGCCACUCACAGCCAGACUGUUGAACAUGACCAUCUCCCAGCCAUGAACGGAGUCACCCCGACACCCAAACGGCGCGCAUCAUUCAACACUACGUACGAUAUUGGUGAGGACGUUACACAAAGGAGCUUCGUCAACCGCCCCAGCUCGCGGUCCUCCAUGUCCAGGCUCGAAAUUGGCAAACCUGAAUUUCUCGAGCCAAAACUGUCGCCUACCCCAAGACAUAACCCUGGGCCUACCAAAUCGCCGGAUCGGACACAAUUGAUCAGCCAAUUUUUGGAUGUCGGUCGACGGUUGCUGAGUCGGUUUGAUGGAAUAGAAAAUAAGCAUGAAGCACCAGGGGAGACCCCAUUGACGAACGGAGUCGUUGCGAGGUCGGCUGUUGCUCGUGAUCGUUCAAAGAGAAUGGCUGAAGCUUCACGUCCCCCCCGCCAACCCUCUUCCGAAUCUUCCGACAGCUCUGAGUCGGAAGAAGGGCAGUCAAUCAUGUCACAGAGCCCAGAGCACGACUCUUUCGAUAAAGAAGAGGUGCCACCCGAGUUCCUAUAUCGCCCGCAGCUGUCAGAUCUGCUUCGAGAUGCGUCAACUUUCAAUAUGUACCGACAGCGAUCGAACUGCCGCCGGAUUCUGACACAAUGGCUGAAAAAGGCCUUUCAAGCACGACAAAUUCGCGAGACUAGGGAGACACGCGCGGUAAACUAUGACCGCAUCCUUCUCAUGCGACAGGCCUUUGAACCAUGGCGAGCGGUGAUUCAAGAGAAACGCCACUCGGCCCGAACAGAUCGAUUCUUCAAACACCUUGAAGCGCGAGCAAGUCGUGCGCGUGACUUAUAUCUUAUGACAAAGGCGUUUAGCCAUUGGGCUCAACUCACGUCGGAAGAAGUGGCCCGGACGUCUGCUGCUAGAAGACAUGUUCUCAGCGUCAAAUAUUUCAGUGCAUGGCGCGAGAUCACUGCCGUCAACGAGAUGAAGGCCCAACGUUUUGCACUACAACGACCUUUCAAUGCUUGGCGGAAGAAAGUCCAACAUGUGAAGGCAGCAGAGGCUCAGGCCAUAAGUGUGCGCAACACGAGGCUUCAAAAAACAUCAUUCUGGGACUGGUGGUGGUGCUUCUGCGACCGUCGUGUGCUAGAGGUUUCCGAUUAUCGACUCAAGAGACGAUCGCUACUCUCCUGGCUUCGGAGUUUACGAACCAAUCGAGAGCGCGACCAUGAGAUAGAUCUCAAUAACAAACGGUCAGCUCUGAAGUCGGCAUUUCAGGUAUGGUCUCAACACUCCAGAACCAUUGCUUUGGCAGAUCAGGAAGUUCAGACUUCUCGGCGCCAGCAUGACCUCAGAGCAUCCUUUGAUGAAUGGAGAAUUCAAGCCCGGCUGGCCCCGGCUGCUUCUCGGGUCUCUGAGAUGGUGGAUACCAGGAUUGUACGGAAUGCUCUAUCACAUUGGAUUGAGAAGGCCCGAACGCUUAAACAAGCAGAAGAGGCAGAUCGCCAUCGAAUUCAAAAAAACGCGUGGGUUUCCUGGAAUGAUACGCUUCGCUGCUUGGCCCUUCAAGCUCGUGUUGACGAGCGCCUUAAAAUGGAGGCUAUGUACAAGUGGGUCGUUAUGGAAAGGUUUGAGUUGAUGCGAAGAAUACGCGAGCAACGCAUCAAGCGCGAAGUCUUUGGUCGAUUCGUGACAAACACUCGGGAUACUUAUAACCGCCUACUUACCAAUGCUGAAGCUCAUGAGGAUCAUCAGACCAAUAAUUUGGUUCGAUCCAAGUUUGCCAUCUGGCGUGACCAGGUGCAGCUCCAGCGAGAGCGAGAGUAUGUUGCAUCAGAGUUCUAUGCACCGCGGCUUGCAGCUGAGUCUCUUACGAUCUGGCGGUCCAAGCUUGGACAGGUGUCCAAGAUGGAAGGUUGGGCCCAAAACGCUCGAUUUUACUUCUUGAUGAAGAAGACCGUGAAGCAAUGGCACCAGGCCAAAGUUGACUCCGGGAAACGACGGCGACAAGAAGCGUAUGCGAAAGUCCGGCGGAAAGUCAAGAUCAACCUCGCAUCCAAGGCGCUGACUACCUGGUCAUCGAAAGCUCGCACGGUUAUGGAGAUGCAGCAACAAGCUAGUGACGUCGAUCGCGAAAAGCUGCUUGCUGAUGUAUCCGAGAUAUUCAUUCAAUGGCAUGACAAAACAACCAAGAGGCUUGAGGACUGCCAGGAUGCCGACGAUUCAUAUUUCCGCCAGGUUGCAUUUGACCAGCUCAUGCAAAUGUCUGAAACCUUUGUCAUUCGUCGUGAGAUGGAAGAUCAGGCAGACAACGUGUACCGGUUGCACGCCCUACGCCUGGCAGCUGCUUCUCUUCGCAAGCUCAGCCUUCGCAUAUUCCAGAUCGGCAGUACCACUGAAACCGCUGAAGCCAUGCGGGAGAGGAAUUUGCGGAAACACUCAAGGGCUAUGUUCCGCGACUGGGUGGACAGUGCCCGAAUGAAACUGGAGGCCCGAGAUUCUGCGGGUCCAUCUUUGACACCCGCACCUAUGUCAACGUAUGGAAAUGGCGACCGUGCUGGCUCAGCGAUAUUCGACCCGUGGUAUCAAGACCAGGUUGAGACGCCUUUCAAAAUCAGUGACUUGACGACAACAUCCCAAGCAACCUCCCAUGAUCCCAUCUCUGCAAGCCCCCUGGCAACCCCCAACUUCACAACUUCCCCCUCAAAACGAGCCGCCCGUGCGCGAGCCCUUGCCCAAAUGUCCACUACUCCCGCCACACCUCUACGCACACCUUUCGCAAGUCGACUCCUUCGGGCUGGGACUACGACUGCUCUCUCAACAUCUUCCAAACGCCCACGGACAGGUCGGCGAAGCUCGGUGGGGAAUAGCGUCCGCUUCGUGGAUGAGGAACCUCCCGAGUCUCCGACGGAUGGUCGCAGGUCAGCGAAUCGACGAUCUUGA